AUGGCGGCGGCGGCCGAGCGGAGCCGCCUCAGCUUCCCCGGCGGCACCGGGGCCCUGGGGCGGCCCGUGCCUAUGAACCUCUUCGCCACCUGGGAGAUCGACGGCUCCAGCCCCAGCUGCGUCCCCAGGUUGUGCAGCUUGACAUUAAAGAAACUGGUAGUCUUAAAGGAAUUGGAUAAGGAGCUUAUUUCUGGGGUCAUUGCUGUCAAAAUGCAGGGCUCCAAGCGCAUCCUGCGCUCUCAUGAGAUCGUGUUGCCCCCGAGUGGACACGUGGAGACGGAGCUUGCACUGACCUUCUCACUGCAGUACCCUCACUUCUUAAAGAGAGAAGGCAACAAGCUUCAGAUCAUGCUGCAGCGGCGCAAGCGGUACAAGAACCGAACCAUUUUGGGCUACAAGACUCUGGCUGUGGGAUGCAUCAACAUGGCUGAGGUCAUGCAGCACCCUACAGAAGGUGGCCAGGUUCUGAGCCUUUUCAGCAACAUCAAAGAGGCUCCAGUGAAGGUGGCAGAAAUCUGGAUCUUCUCCUUGUCAAGUCAGCCAAUCGACCAUGAAGACAGCACUAUGCAGGCCAGCCAGAAAAUCAAGUCUACAGACAACUAUUCCGAGGAAGAGUACGAGAGCUUCUCUUCUGAGCAGGAGGCCAGUGAUGAUGCCGUACAGGGCCAGGAUUUGGAUGAUGAUGAGUACGAGAUGGGGAAGCCCAAGAAGCAGCGGAGAUCGAUAGUAAGAACGACGUCCAUAACCAGGCAACAAAACUUCAAACAGAAGGUUGUGGCAUUGCUGAAGAGGUUUAAAGUGUCUGAUGAGGUUCUGGAUUCAGAGCAGGACCCAGCAGAGCACGUUCCAGAGGUGGAGGAGGAUUUGGACCUUCUGUAUGACACGCUGGACAUAGAGAAUCCCAGUGACAGUGGACCAGAAAUGGAGGAUGAUGACAGUGUCUUGAGUACUCCAAAGCCAAAGUUAAAACCUUACUUUGAAGGACUGUCACACUCCAGCUCUCAGACAGAAAUUGGUAGCAUCCACAGCAUCAGGAGCCAGAGAGAGCCACCAAGUCCUCAGGUAGAAGUGCCUGAAAAGACAAAGAGUCUUGGAACCAAACAUGCAGGCGACAGUGUUUCUGACACUGUCCCUUAUGAGUCUAACCAGCAAGCUGAGGUCCAAGAGGCUGAACUCCCUACUCCAGAUGUGUUUGUGGAGAAGCUCCCACCCAGCGGGAAGAUCACGAAGACAGAGUCCCUCAUCAUCCCAUCCACCAGGUCUGAAGGGAAGCAGACGGGGCGCCGGGGGAGAAGCACAUCCCUGAAGGAGCGGCAGGCAGUGAGGCCUCAGAACGAGCGAGCCAACAGCCUGGACAACGAGCGCUCCCCGGACACCAGGCACCACCUGCAGAUCCCCAGGAAAACAGUGUAUGAUCAGCUAAAUCACAUCCUGGUUUCUGACGACCAGCUGCCAGAAAACAUUAUUCUUGUCAAUACAUCUGACUGGCAAGGCCAGUACCUUUCAGAUGUCUUGCAAAAGCACACCUUGCCAGUGGUCUGCACAUGUUCCUCUGCUGAUAUUCAGGCAGCUUUCAGCACAAUUGUCUCCAGGAUACAGAGAUACUGUAACUGCAAUUCACAGCCUCCAAACCCAAUUAAAAUUGCAGUGGCAGGAGCCCAGAAUUACCUCAGUGCUGUGUUGAGGCUCUUUGUAGAGCAGCUGUCUCACAAAACUCCUGACUGGCUCGGCUACAUGAAAUUUCUGAUCAUCCCUCUAGGCUCUCAUCCAGUGGCCAAAUAUCUGGGCUCUGUAGAUUAUAGAUACAACAACUUCUUCCAAGACCUAGCCUGGAGAGAUCUGUUCAACAAACUUGAAGCACAGACCACUGUUUCAGAGGCACCUGACGUCGUGUCCCGGAUAACGCAGUACAUAGCAGGGGCAAACUGUGCUCACCAGCUGCCCAUUGCUGAAGCCAUGCUGACCUACAAACAGAAGAGGAAAAAGAGCUUUCAUUUUGAUUUUACCAUAAGCCCCGAUGAAGAAUCUUCGCAGAAGUUCAUUCCUUUUGUCGGGGUGGUGAAGGUUGGAAUAGUGGAACAAUCUUCUGCAACAUCAGGUGACUCUGAUGACGCAGCUCCCUCCAGCUCCGUUGUCCUUUCUUCCACCCCGCCUUCUGUGUCUCCUGCUGUGAAAGAAGCAUCCCCUACACCCCCUUCCUCACCAUCUGUUACAGGCAGCUUCUCCUCCCCAAGCCAGGGCCUCGGUGCUGAGUUGAUGGGCCUGCAGGUGGAUUACUGGAUUGCAGCUCCACCUGUGGACAAGAAGAGAGACCCGGAGAAGAAGGACCCCUCCACUACCAAAAACACACUGAAAUGCACUUUCCGGUCCCUGCAGGUCAGCAGGUUACCUGCUAGCGGCGAGAUCGCCACCACGCCAACCAUGUCCAUGACUGUCGUGACUAAAGAAAAGAACAAAAAAGUGAUGUUUUUGCCCAAGAAAACAAAGGACAAGGAGGUUGAGUCAAAGAGCCAGUGUAUUGAAGGAAUCAGCAGGUUGAUUUGCACAGCAAAACAUCAGCAGAACAUGCUGCGUGUCCUGAUUGAUGGGGUGGAGUGGAAUGACGUCAAGUUCUUUCAGCUGGCAGCACAGUGGUCCUCUCAUGUCAAGCACUUUCCCAUCUGCAUCUUUGGACACUCCAAAUCUAACUUCUAG